AUGCCCACUGUUUGAAAGCAGUUAAUGAUUAGGAAGGAUUUAGGAUAAACAUAAAAUAAACAGGGUAAAGGUUGGUGUCUAUGCACAUUUAACGAAGAACAGCACUUUCACAUCUUCAACAAGGCUACGAGACUUUGCAGAAGGUGGUUAGAGCUGGAAGCACCAUGGAACGGAGUGUCCUGUGUUUGUGGUGUUGCUUUUCCUUGGCAUUAAUUUACACGAGUGUAAAUGGACGUCCAGAACAACACUCUGACUCUGAUGACCAUGAAAACAAAAUACAAGCACUGAACGAGGUGAACAGUGAUUUUGCUUUCCGCCUGUACAAAAGCAUUGUGUCUGGUUCUCAGUCCCAGAACGUGUUCUUCUCUCCACUGAGUGUGUCCAUGGCACUGGCUGCAGUGUCUUUAGGAGCAGGCGGUGAGACUCAUCAACAGCUUCUCAGUGGCCUCGGUUUCAACAGUUCUGUCUUCACCAGUGAGGAGAUGCACCAAGCCUUCCUCGAUCUCCUGCUGAACCUCAAUCAGAGGACAGGAAUAGAUCUGAAUGUGGGCACUGCUGUCUAUGUCAAUGACACCUUUAAGCCUCAUCCGGAAUUCCUGGAGAAGCUUAAGCGUUUCUAUCUUUCCGAUGGCUUCUCUGUCGAUUUCACCAAGAGCGAAGAGACCUCUAAUCAGAUGAACAGCUAUGUCAGUGAAAAGACGCACGGCAAAAUCAGCAAAUUUAUUGAAAAUCUGGAUUCAAAUACCAUCAUGUAUCUGCUCAACUAUAUAUAUUUUAAAGGUAAAUGGUCCAUCCCAUUUGACCCCAAAAAUACUAUAGAGGAUCAAUUCCAUGUGGAUAAAGACACGACCGUUCCAGUUCAAAUGAUGUUUGUGAAGGAUGACUUUUACAGCUACUAUGAUCAUCAACUGUCUGUCAGAGUCCUUCGUUUGAAUUACAAUGAUUCAUUCUCCAUGAUACUGGCUCUGCCUGAUAAAAAUAUUGUCUCUUUGGAAGAAGCUUUGCGUCCACACCACAUAACCAAGUGGCAAAAAUGGAUGUCAAAACGCAAGUACCGCGUCUGCCUCCCUAAACUGUCCCUAAAAACUUCAUAUUCCCUGAUCAGCAGUCUGUCUGAAAUGGGAUUUAAGGAUAUGUUUACAGCUAAAGCUGACUUCUCUGGGAUUUCUGACAAAAAUCUGUUAGUUUCUGAGGCUGUACAUAAAGCCACUCUAGAUGUGGAUGAAGCCGGAGCCAAGGCAACAGCAGUGACUGGAAUAGGCUUCACACUUUUUUCUGCAAGAAUAACUGAAACGCUGAAGUUUGAUCGGCCAUUUAUGAUCUUUAUAGUUGACCAAAAAACAACAAAUGUCCUCUUUAUGGGGAAAAUUGUAAAUCCAGCCAUUUCUGAGGUCUCUCAAUAACAAUCUCUGCAGCUAGUUUUCUUGUCUAGCAUAGAGGGUUGUAGUGAUAGAAGAGGGGGUAGGGAUGAGAUGGGGUAGUGUGCAUUGGGAUAGGGGGGCUGACUGCAGAAAUAUGAAAAACCACAUACAUUAACUGAAGCAUAUAUUUUAAUUGGUUUAAUAAAAUUUAUAUUGCAAGCAAGCUUUCAUGUAUUGCAACAUAGUAAUACCGCAGGUGAUAUCCAUGUAUUUACAUAAUCAGUUAUUUUAUGUUGUGUUUUAACAAAUUGGAAAGAUUAAAAAAACGAAAGAAAAAUAGAAAUUAAAUAAAAUAUUUUAUAUGUCA